AUACGGUAGUUGAAAGAAAGAUUUUCAAAAAAAGGAACCCCCCAAAAUAAUCAGCAACAAUUAGCUGCGGUCUGAACUCGUCAUUGCUUUGAUUUAUUUCAAAGAAUUUAUCAUAAUCCCGAUGAGUUGUUGAUACAACAAUUUUUCUAUAUCGAAAAAAAAUAGAUAAGAUAUACAAUACUUUUAUACCUUUAUCAUAUGAUAAAUUAACUACAUUAUUUCCUAUGUUUGUGUUCGACAUGGCCAUUAUUAUUACUGUGUCAAGAAUACCAAUUUUAUGGGAGGCCAAUUUAAAUAUUAACAAAAUAGUAGUUAUAACAGUUGUCUCGGCCGGUGUGUGGUGAUCGAACGAAUGAAAUAUAUAUUUGUGGCGAAAGUGAAUAUUGCGAAAUUAUAGAAAUAUGUAUUUAAAAUCUCUUGUUGUUGUUGUAAUUUACUGUAAUUUGUGUUCAAUAGUUUUUGGAACCUCCACUGACAAAAACAAAACCGUCGAAAAAGAUCCUAGAAUUAUUGGUGGCCAAGCAAUUUCAAUUGAAUCGGCACCAUGGCAGGUGUCGGUACGGCUAAAGGUGUACGAAGCACAAAUGUAUGGCUAUGGCCAUAUAUGUGGUGGUUCGGUUAUAUCGCAACGCGUGGUGGUAACAGCUGCUCAUUGUAUACUCAAUCAAAAUGUCCAGCCCAUGGUUUUUCGCAGUCCCGAUGAAUUCACCUUGGUUAUGGGCUCGGCUUAUUUGUAUCAAGCGCCAGCGUACACCCUGCAAUAUGAUGUCCUGCAAAUUGCCGUUAAUAUGAACUUCAAUUUAACAACUAUGGUCAAUGAUAUUGCCUUGUUUCUGAUCAAUGGUUAUAUACCCUGGUCGUGGCCCACAGUGCAAGCCAUACCCCUAAAUUACUGGCCGGAGCCGAGUGGUACUCUGUGUACGAUAUCCGGUUGGGGCAAGACAAGUACAUAUUCGGACUCUGUUUCGGGUAUUUUGAUGGAAGCAACGGUUCCCAUUGUUGGCUAUGCCACGUGCGACAUAAAUUACGGUAACAUCACAACGGGCAUGAUAUGUGCUGGUUAUAUGCAAACCGGUGGUGUUGAUGCCUGCCAGGGUGAUUCCGGUGGUCCUUUGGUGUGUAAUGGUUAUUUGACUGGUGUUGUUUCGUGGGGUUAUGGCUGCGCCCAACCCGGCUAUCCGGGUGUAUACACAAAUGUCUCGUACUACUACAAUUGGAUUGUAACAAAUAAUUCUUCCUUUAAUUAUAACUAUUAUUAUAAUAAUGCCCAGAAUAUUAAUUCGAAUAUGUUAUGUUUGUUUUUGAAUAUUUGUUUGUCGUUGUUGUUAAUGAAAAUUUUGAAAUAAUUUAAAAUAAGAAUGGG